CAGCUGCAAAAUGAACUCAGAAGUCUACAGAAAUAUUUUGUCUGUCAAUAGAAAGAUGCAACCAAACUAACUGGGAGAUCCUUCAUCCUGCAGCAAGAUAAUGACCCAAACACACUGCCAAAAAACAAAAGGCAAGAAGUGAAAGGUUUUAGACUGGCCAAGUCAAUCUCCAGACUUAAACCCUAUCAAGGUGCAUUUUACCUGCUCAAGAGGAGACUGAAGGGAGUAAGCCCUGAAAACAAACAACUGAAAGAGGCUGCGGUGAAAGCAUCACAAAAGAAGAAUGCAAAUACCCGGAAAUAAUAGCUGAAAUGUUGAUCUCUUGUCUCAUCGUCAUCAUUUGAUGUCAAACCUAAAUACUACUACUACUCUUGUCUGCAAUGUGACUAUAUUGUCUGUGGUACCUGGACUGAAGCUUGAGCAAUAUCCAGUUGAUCCACAAGAAGAUUUGUGCAUAAGACACCAAUAUCCUUCUGUAAAAUGGUGCACUUUGCAAAGUUUGUACAGUAAUGUGCAAUUCAAAUGAAGCACAUACAUCUAGUGGUACAUGAAAGACGUCUUUAAUGUGAGUUUACAGGGUGUGUGGGUGUAAGUUUCAUUUUGUCAUUUGGUGAGAAACACUAAAUAGCUGGUUAAAAACUUUCUGCAUAUAUGAAACAAAACAUGUUUUUCUCUAUCAUGUUACUGAUAUUGACUGAAAGCAAGAAUUCAACACAUUAUAGCCAUAAAUGAUAAAACAUUGAUCAAAUGUACUAGAGAAGGAACUUUGUUAAAAGCAUCAAUAAUUCUGAAUAACAGGAGACAACACUCCAGUCAGUAAACGUGAAAAACAUUACCUAGACACUCAGAAUUAGCUUGAUUUUGAAAUUUCUUGCGGAAAAAUGUCUUGAAAAUACUGAACCUCCUCCUCUUCCUUUUCUCUUUUGGCUCCUCCAAGCUGUAAAAACGGUGGAUGUCAUAGGAGAGGAGGAGACACUGUGGUUUUUCAAAAUAAAGUCUGCUGGACAUGAAUGUUUUUGUUAGUGGGAAUAAAUGCAUGGGCUUAAAGAAGGGGAUGUAUCUCCUUAAGCCCCCGCCCCCCCUCCAAAUUCUUGUCUUUUUUUUAUGAGGCUGAACAUGGCUGUGAAUCUAUCUAAAGAAAUCUUACUAAGGUAUACUACAACAUCCCUCUAUGAUGACAGCACCACCUAUGAGUAUGAGGAAUACUAUCUGGAAGGGGACUUUGGGAUAUGUGAAUAUGACAAACAUGGGGCCCAUUUCCUUCCAGUCCUCUACUCCAUUUUCUUUCUCCUGGGCCUUCUGGGUAACUCCCUGGUCAUCUGGGUCAUCGUUUGUGGCGUACGACUCCGCAGCAUGACUGACGUGUGCCUUUUGAACCUGGCCUUCGCUGACCUUCUCUUGGUUUGUUCCCUUCCCUUCCUGGCCCACCAAGCCCGGGACCAGUGGUUGUUUGGGGAUGCUAUGUGCAAGGUGGUCCUGGGCAUAUAUCACAUUGUCUUCUACUGUGGGAUCUUUUUCAUCAGUCUCAUGAGCAUCGACCGGUACCUGGCUAUAGUGCACGCUGUUUACGCCAUGAGAGCCCGCACUAGGACCUUUGGAAUGGUUGCAGCCACUGUUACAUGGGUGGCUGGAUUUUUGGCCUCUUUUCCUGACCUGCUUUAUCUCAAGCAGCAGACUACCACCAACAUGUCUCAGUAUUGCUUCCCUGAAUAUCCCAAAACGACUUCUUACAACAUUCACUUCUGGAGAAUCUUCAGCCUUUUUAAAAUGAACAUUUUGGGCUUAUUUGUCCCAUUUUUCAUCAUGGGCUUCUGCUAUUCACAGAUCAUCUGGAAGCUGCUGUACAGUCAGUCAUCCAAGAAGCAGGCUAUCCGCUUAGUUCUCACGGUGGUAGCUGUUUUCUUCUGCUGCUGGAUUCCCUACAACAUUGCAUCGUUCUUCAAAGCUCUGGAGCUACUGGGCAUCCACUCAGGAUGCGAAAGCAGCAAAGCCAUCAAAUUGGCUUUACAAGUCACAGAAGCCAUUGCCUACUCUCACAGCUGCCUCAAUCCCAUCCUGUAUGUGUUUGUUGGGGAGAAGUUCAGGAGACAGCUGCUGAGGUUGGUGAACAGAGCUCCUUGCACACUGUGCCAGAUAAUCAAGGUCUACAUACCACAGGACAGAAGCUUAGCAUCAGUCUACUCCCAGACCAGCAGUGUGUACGAGAGGAGCACCGCUGUGUAAACUGGGACUAUGAGGUGUCGCUUUGGUUCUGUGUUUUCCUUUGAUUUACGACUUAAAGAGGCAAUUCUAGCUAAUUCUCACUUCUUACAGGUUAUUUUAGGAGUUAGAUUUAGGUUUAGGUUAAUGAUGGUGUAAGUUUUAUGUUUUUGCACAAGGUUAAGAGAAUGUGAAUUAAGUACAUGUACAUAUUUAGAAUAGAAUAGAUCUUUGUUGUGACUGUUACAGAAAACAAUGAAAAUCAGUUUGGUACUCUCCAAAAAGCAGCAUUGAAAAUAGACUAUAUAACACACCCUAAAAUAUAUACAACAUAAAAGCAAACCCUAAAUAAUUUAAUAUGCCUUAUUGCUUACAAUAUUCCUUUGUUUCAACCAUGUAUUUUUUCUACUAUAUACUUCAUUAAGCACUUCACAUUGUAUAAGAUUAAUGUAACUGCACUGUAAAUAUGAUUUAGAAUACUCUAGUUUAUUCGUAGAAGUGACAAGGAGACAGAUUGUCUCUGCACCUGCAGCAAUGAUGGGGCACAAAUUAUUUUGAAUUAUAUUUUGUUUUCCUUUUAAAAUCACACGUUACUGGCUGAAAGUCAGUGUGAAACUGUGUCAACUGCAACAGGUGUCCACAGCACUAACAUCAGCAGCUUCAGCAACCUCAUUUAAUCAUCAGCUGUGAAAAGAAACAGCAGGUUCACUGCAACAAGCCAGAGGCCUACUGAGAUACCAACUAUUUCUUUGUCUUCAAAUGGUGUAAACACCGCUAUGAAAGAAAAGCAAAAAUUAAGUUUUAUUUCAAUGUGAUGGCCACUUUCACAGUUGCAACCACUUUGUGUGCAACAGUCACUUGCACAGCAAAAAGUGCAGCAGGCAGCAUUAGUGGUACAAGUUUCAUAGCAUGUUUAGCAGACAAUUUGCACUUUACCUCAGCCCAAAGAAAACCACAACCUGAAAGAGGAAGUAUGUAACCAAGUAGUCAGUUUACCCUUUGCAGUCUCUGUGCACAUCCGAGUAAAGACACUGUAGAAUGAAUUUAUGUUUUUGCAAUAUUUCUUAAGAAAUUAAUCAGCAUCACACAAAAUAGGCCAUUUAAAAAAACAACAACUUCCUGUAGAUUUCAAAGAAAAAAGUAAGACAUAAAUUAAGCAAUAUACUUCAGAUUAGAAAUGCAGACAGCCUGGAUGCACUGUUUUAUCAUUAUAGUCUUAUCAAAGCCAUGAGUCACGACCAAGAUCAAAACAAGACCAACACUUUAAAGGGACCAGUGUAGACCAGACAGCUGUGAGUUGCACACUGCAUGACACAUUUAGAAGAAAAGUGGAGCAUGUAAACCAGUACACCACACCACUGAAACUAGUGCUCUAAAACGAUAUUACAUCAUUACCUUAUAUUCAGUUUAGUUACUUCAGAAUAGUGUGUAGCAGUCACGUAACAAUGAUUUAUUUCAUAUAAUCCCACUGUCCCUUCUGCAGCCCUGCAUUCCCUGUCUGCUGCUAUCAAAUACAGACAAAAUGUGAACAUUGUCAAAAUAUCCUGUAAAAUAAAAACAGAGUCACUGACAUUCUACAACUGCUCCCACACAACGAGGACAAGCUACAUUGACAAGUAAACUGACUUUAAAAUCUGUGGCCGCAAAUGAAUAGCUUUAGGUACCUAAUUGCUUUAGCCAACAUUUUCAUCUGCUGAAUCAUGUACAGAAUUUCCAGCAAUUAUAUCAGGGUGUUUUUAAUGAUUAAAAAAAAAAAAAAAAAAAAAAUUUUUUUUAAAUGCUGUUAUGUAUUUUAUUUCAUUGUAUUAUGUUCUAAGCAUACCAACUGUCUUUAUGCAUGUUAUUGGCAUUUUCAAUAAAUUUGGAUCCUUAUAUUACGGUA